AGCGAUACCGGGCAGACAGUGUAUCGCUCGUGACGCUCGAGGGCAGAAGUGUGUUGUGCCAGUAGUGAAGGACGAAUGUUGGUUUGGGUUUCGCUCGGGUGACCGUGCAAUUUUUUUACACUAUGGCUACGAGUGACAGCCCCCAACUAUCCCGGGUGGACGUAGUGUUUCUGGCGUACAAAGCGAGUGCCCGAAACAACAGCUCCGUCACACUGGAUAGUGUCAGCACGGUCAGCUUGUACGAGUUGGAGCGGCAUCUUCGGAUGAAGCGUGCCGAACGGGCCAGUAUGAGUGCGGAAGCGUACAAUCACUACCGCUGGUACAAUGCAACCCUGGUGACGGAACUGAGGACUUCCGGCCAGGGAAAGCCGAGACCACUGCUCCGGGUGUUCCACUGGUACAUCGAGACGUCGAAUGUGGACGCAUUUCGGAUGGAUGGUCAACAGUGCGAAGCCGUUUCUUUGGUGGUGGCCGCCGAAGUUGAGCACUGGUAUGGGGCGAGACCUGGGGGCCAAAGUUCUAGUGGAAGUCGAGCGCGUGUGUUAUCGUUCGGCGAACUAGCAGAUACGCCAAUUAGCAGGAACCACCAUCCAACGACCGCGAUAAAACGACAACCGAUGGUAUAUCGCCAUCCAAUCCCUCAUCGGAGCACGACAUCGACGUCCAGGCAAACCCUCGAAAGGAUCGGCGAGGAAGUGUGACCCCAGUGUUUGGAAAAGAACAAUGUAUUAAUUGCUAAAGAAUGUUCCUGCGUGAGUCACUAAUGUGUCUUUCUUUCUGACUAAUGAAGAGAUCGACUUCGACUCGAUCACCUUAGAUCACAACAAUAAAUUCAUUUAUUUUUCAUAUACCA